CUGCAAGGCAUAGUACUUCUCAGGCAAAGCGCCAUUGCUGGUUGGAUCGAAACUCCGGAUCGCCGUUUUUAAAGAGGAGCGCCGUUUACUCACUCGAUCACAAGCGACCAAUGGCUAUUUUCGAUCGGAUCAGCCGUUACAUUGUUCUCAACCCAGCAGCGCACGACACUCCUCUUCGAAGACGUCUCUGCUCCACCGUGAUGAAAGGGUGAAGAGAAAGAGAGAGAGAGAAAAAAAAAAGGAUGAGAUGAGAUGAAGUUCCGUGAAGUUAGUAGGGGAUGCCAGCCAGAGUAAGAAGCUACAAAAUUCCUAUGAUCAUUCGGCGCUGGAAUAGAAGCCUGAUAGUUGACAUCUAUGGGAUCAUCUCUGCGUCGCAUAUUUGUCAUUCUUUCAACAUUCUCCCUCGUGGGCCUUAUUUUGUUUCUGUCCUAUUCUGGAGAUGAAAUUAUUUCCGAAUCGUCAAAACCAGUACAGAUCAAAUGGUUAGUCGACAAUCAUGGCUUCAUUCUGAAUACUCCUGGAUGUCAAAUACCAGAUUGGGAUCCUUACGACCCUUCAGUUUUGCCUUUCAUCAGCCGAGUCAACAGUCCAUACAAAUGUCCAGGGCGACCUCAGUUCUUGACAGCUAAACCAAAUGGAGUUGUCACCUUGGAUGAGAAUUUUUUGCACUUUUAUUACGGUAUACUAACAGACAACGUAUCAUGUACCUAUCGGGCAAUAAUAAGAGACCCUGGAGACGAAAAGGAACGAACAGAUAAUAAAUAUUAUUUUGGAAAUCCCAAGAAACUCGAGUUUGGCGUCCCCUUGAAAGAUGAAUUUAUGAUUGCGAAAUGUACUAUACAAGAAUUUCCAAAUUUAACUCAGUUUAUUCCCUUAGUGCCUCUAAAACCUGAUGUCGAGAAAGAAAAAACGAAACUUGUUAAGUCUUCCCUACAAGAGGACCCACUUAAUGUCAUUAUAGUAGGCAUAGAUUCUGUUUCAAAACUGAAUUUUUUAAGACAUUUCCGAAAAACGCAUCGAUUUUUAAAAGAGAAUCUAUCAUAUAUCGAACUUAAUGGCUACACAAAAGUAGCUGAUAAUACCUUUCCUAACUUAGUGCCAUUACUUACAGGACAUUUCAUCGAACAUUACUGGAACGAAUCUGUGCGAGAUAUGUUCUUUGAUGACGUAGACUUUAUAUGGAAAAAUUAUUCAAGAAGAGGCUUUCGAACGUUAUUCGCUGAAGACGCUCCACAUAUAGCAACAUUUAAUUAUCUUAAAAGGGGAUUUAAAAAUCCCCCAGCAGAUUAUUAUUUCCGUCCCUUCGCCCUUGCAGUUGAGAAAUCUGUAAUCAGACGAGAAAGUAAAGCUAACUGUUUGCAAUCGAAAUUUGAAAUGGACAUCUUGUACGAUUAUUUAAAAGAUUUUGUGAAAACUAUGGGCGAUAGACCACUAUUCGCUUUCACGUUUGUUGCAAGACUUACGCAUGAUAGUCUGAAUGCGGCUGGCUAUGCAGAUGAACCAACUUUUCAUCUCUUAAGAGAUCUGCAUGACAGUGGUGCGUUAAACAAAAGUUUACUAAUAUUGUUUAGUGAUCAUGGUAUACGGUUUGGACCUAUUCGACAGACCUAUAUAGGGCCCAGUAUGAGAUUAAAAAGGCACUUCAUCCACCGCUAUCCAUUGUUUUUUAUGUGUUUUGUCUUCUGUGGCAUCUUUAUAAUCUACUAUCGAUUUAACUUAGAUGACAAGGUAUCGUACCAGUUCUUAGCUGAUGACGCAGUGACUAAUUUCUUGAUCGAUACACCUGGCUGCCAAAUACCUGCCUGGAAUCCUUGGGAUGAUUCGGUCAAAAGCUUAUUUGAGAAAGUAAUUACCCCUUAUAAAUGCUCUGGUAGACCUUCUUUCCUGAGAAUAUUGCCUAAUGGUGUGAUAUCUGUUGAAGAUGCUUUACUCCAAUAUUACUAUGAAGUGGACCCACAAAACGUUUCUUGUACUUAUCAAGAAAUACUACGGAAUGCGACGGGAAGUAACGAAGAAGUAGAUAAUAGUAUUUCUUUAAAAGCCCCAAAAGUUCUCGUAUUUGAUCAGCCUAUGGAAAUCAAUUUCAUGAAAACGACUUGCAAAAUUGGUAAUGAAUUCGACGACUUUGUUGAGUUCCUACCUCUUACACCUCUGAAUACUGAUGUUGAAAAAAGAUGUGUUGAUAGAAAUAUUAAAAUUAAAGUACAAAAACCAUUGAAUGUUAUAUUUUUAGGAAUAGAUUCCAUAUCACGCCUGAAUUUCAUACGCCACUUUCCAAAAAGUCAGGAAUAUUUGUCAAGGUUCUUAUCCCCAAUAACGAUGGAAGGAUACACCAAAGUUGGCGAUAACACUUUUCCAAAUCUAGUGCCUUUGUUGACUGGACACUAUUAUCAACACUACUAUGAUGAAACUCACAAUCGAAGUAUGUUUUUUGAUGAUGUGGAAUUUUCGUGGAAAAUAUUUUCUAAAUUAGGUUACAGAACUCUGCUAGCUGAAGAUGCUCCGGAAAUUGCAACUUUCAAUUACUUUAGAAAUGGUUUUAAGUCUCCGCCUACUGAUUACUAUUACAGACCUUUUGCUUUGGCCGUUGAAAAUUCCGAUUUAAGGGCAAAUAGCAAAGGACAAUGCUUUGGAAGUAAAAUGGAAAUGGAAGUUGUUUAUGAUUAUUUAAAAAGCUUUACAGAUACAAUGGGUCAAAACAGACCCUUUUUUGCUUUCCUAUUCCUCGCUAGGUUGACGCAUGACGUCUUCAAUUUUGCAGGUUAUGCUGAUGAACCAACUUAUCAGCUAUUGAAAUAUUUACAUGAAAGCAACAUUUUGAACAAUACAAUGUUAGUAUUUUUUAGCGAUCAUGGCAUAAGAUAUGGCAAAAUACGAAAAACACGUAUUGGGCAAUAUGAAGAACGAAUGCCUUUUAUGCACAUAAUAUUGCCCAGAUGGUUUCUUAAUGAGCAUCAGAUUAUCCAAAAGAAUUUAAUCACUAAUACUAAAAGAUUAACAACUCCUUUCGAUGUACAUUCAACUAUAUGUCACUUAGCGAGCUUGAUGUCGGGUGAUACUCAGUGGGAUUCAAAAUUGAAACCAGGAAUUAGUUUAUUUCGAGAGGUACCAAUCACCAGAACGUGUUCGGAUGCAGGAAUCACGCCCCACUGGUGUACCUGCCAAGUAUCCAAGCCGAUAUCUAAAGAUGAAUCUGCUGUAAGAAUAGCUGCAGAAACUGUGAUACAGACUAUUAACAAGUGGUUAAGUCUCCAUGAAGACAAAUGUGCCGUUUUAACUCUCAAACAGAUUCUGGAUGCCAGAGUAACUGCCACUGGGCUGUUAUCGAACCGAAAUGGUAGUGAAACAACUAAUCAGAAAUUACUAGACUUUGUAAAUUAUCUGAUUAUUGUGUCUGCGUCGCCAAGCAAAGCUAUUUUUGAAGCAACAGUUCUUUGUGAAUUGGUAGAAAGUGGGGAGUGUGAAGUUAUUGAUGAUAUCAGUCGAAUCAAUGAAUAUGGUAAACAAUCUGACUGCAUAUCAGAUACAGUGCUGAAAAAAUUUUGCUACUGCUUAUGAGACAAUUAUUACUUUGAUUUUAGAAGAUUGGGCAAGAGUUAAGAAAGUACAAAAUGAGCUCUAUUUCUUGGAUUAAGGAUUCAAAGUAGUAUAUUUAUUAUAGUCCUGAUGAAAUUUUGUUUUAGGUUUAUAAUUUAGAUAGUUUCAAGUGCCAAAUCUCUUAUUGGCCCUUUUCCAAAUUCCUAAAGGACUUGAAUUAAGAUCGUUCAAACUUAAAUAUUCUACUUAAGUUUCAUAUAAAAUAUUAUUUUGUGCCAUACUAUUUAAAUAACCUGAAGUUAUUAAUUUUUGUACUUUGCUCAGUUUCUUAAUAUAUAAUGGUCGAAUGAUUAUUUACGAUGAAACUUUCAGAUCAACGAGAGACAUUUUUCUCUAUUAAUACAUAAAAGUCUGAAAUAAAAUUUAAUCUAAAAUUAUUUGAGUGCUGAUUAAUUACUGACAACUGAGGAUAUAUUUGUUUCCUCUGUUUCAAAUGUGGUGUGUUACGGUGUGAACUUCUAACAUUUAUUGUAAUAACAUCAAGUUCUGUUAACAAGUAUUUCAUCUUUUUUGUUCUGCAACGCCUUUCAAAUUUACAGAUUCAGAAUUUGUCAGGCUUGGCUAUUUCGGUUAAUUUUUCAUAACCAGUCUUAUUCAUUAGUUUAGCUGAUAAUCCGAAAUAAGAUUAUUAUUAUAUUUUUCUUCUUUGGAUUUAGAUUUGCAUCCUUAUCCAUCCAUUAUAGUUCACUUUCUUCCAAUUAUUCUAUAUUUAUAUUUGUGUAUAAUAAAUUAUUUUACAAUUUACCCAUUUUUAAAUUAUUUUAUAAUUUACCCACACAUUUUCUCCAUUUAGAUGAAUUCAUUUAUUCAGGUGAUUAUAUUAAUUACUCUUUGUAUAUGCAGGGAUUUUUUGUAUCAAUAUACAUUGAUUCAUAAUGCUUUAGCAUUCCUGAACAUUUUUAUAAUAUAGUGCUAUAAGCAAUGUUCUAACAAUUAUUGUUUUACUUAUUGUAUAGUGUGUGAAAAGGUGAAAAAAGUGUACAUAUUUUUCUGUAUUGUUUAUCCCUUGGCUAUUAUUUUUUUAAGUUAAAUUGCCACGUUCUAUCAGCCAAAUACAUUCCCCAGAUAUCUGAAUAAUCAUAUGCUAAAAUUGAUUUAUUUUCUGCGGUAUCUUGAAUGUUCUAAGCUUCUGUUCUCCAAUUUAUCUGAAUCCGAAACAUCUUUUACUUGAUUAUACUGGUUUAAAACAUAGGAGCAGGCCCCAUUUACUUUUUAUAUCAAUAUCGUUCUGAAAAUAUGAAAAUAAUAAUGGAUAACUUGUAAAAUUGCUUUAAUAUAUGAUUUAGACUAGAAGACGUCCGAAAAAUGAAAUGUCCAACCUGAUUAUUUCCUUGUAAUAGAUACUAUAUUGCAUUGUUUGAUUUGUAAAGGAACUUUCAUAUUUGUUCAUGGUCCGACAAGCCAGAAAGAUUUAAAUUUGUUAUAUGACACAUGUAGGUCUUUUACUUGUAUAAUCCAUUCGAUUUUAUUAAUUAUUGUGCAGGCGUCCGAUAUUCCAGAUAAUUGUUUUUUGUUGUCAAAACAUUUUAUUAUUUGACAAUUUUUCAAGGCCAGUUUUUCUGAUAGCAUUCAUUCCUUACCAAUAAGUAUGUUAUAUGUAUUGCAAAGUUCUUGUAACUGGAUCAUCUAGAGUUAGUAUCUUGAUAUAACUGAUUGAUAGAACAAAAAAAAAUGUGUAAUUUUUUUUUUUUUUUUUUACAUUUUUGAAAAUAUUUUUAUUCACAGAAAAGGGAAAAUUUUUUCUAAAAUAAGUAUAUGUAUAGUUAUCCAAUUUAUUCAAUAAAUAUAUGUUAUAAAGUUUAAUAUUAUUUUAAAAUCAUAUUUCUAUAUACAUGCAUUUCUAUUGUUAAUAGAAGUCAGUACUAUUGUAAAUUUUUCCUGAGUGAUUGUUAAUAUGUAACGAUAUAUAUGUAUGCAAAAUAAUCUUAUGAUCUGCAUAAUUGGUUAAUGAUCGCAAUGAAUUGCUAGUACAUGUGUGACAUCCUUACGUGAAUUCUUGAUGAGUUCUUAUUGUGAUAGUAUUAUGAAAGAGCUUAAAUCAAAUAAAACUUCAAAAUGCCUCGAAUCCUUAUAAUAUUGCAUUUUUGUUUGUAAAUAUUAUAUAUUGCAAUAAAAAACAAAUAAGUUCUGAGAAUAUCAAAAAUAAGUUGUAGAAAGUCCGAUACCACCUAUGCUUUAUUAGUUGCUAUAAUACAUUAAAAUAAACUUUUAAUAACUGAAAUUUACUUUCGGUUUUGGGAAUAUUUACAACUGAUGUUUGCAGAUAUUAAUCGUAUACAGAUACUUAUAAUUUAUUUAGAUGAAAUCAAAAUGUAAUAAUUCAUGCUGUGACGUCUCGCUCGUUUGCACAGUUUAAUAUAAAAGAUUUCCAUUUUAAUCUUGUUUACCACCAAUUAUAUUCCUUCUAGGUAUUUUUUUCUGAAAAGAAACUUGCUGAAAACUUAGUUUCCACUAAUUAGUGGUAUAUCCCAAAAGAAAAGUCUCAAGAUGAAACUUUUCUAUGCAUACAUAUUUUAAAAUUCGUAGGAUAACAAAGGACAAUGAAUAUACAGUUUUCAAAAGCAAAGUAUUCUUAUUACCACAUUUCAGCAUUACUAUUAUUAUUAUUUACAGGUGACACUCUUGUGUACUCAUCUUUCAGGAAACGAUUUUAUAUAAAGUGCAGACCAUGGAUGAAUAGGAGGACUUAAACCAAAUUCCACAUUAAAUAGAUAAAUUUUUAUGUGUGCAUCUUCCUCAAAAUAUGGAAGAACAUAAAAGGCGAACUUCUAUUAAAUUGAGAAAUGUGCUGGAUGAAAAAAGUCUGAAAAACAUGGUACCAUUUUCAGUGAAAGUUACUUGGAAAAGUUUUCCUUAUGUGUUGUAAUAAAAUUCGUUUCAAUUGCAAUGAAAAAUGAAUAUGCAGGUUUCAAAAGCUAAGAAUAUUUAUUGCCACAUUCCAUGAAUUUUUUUAACAUAGGAAAAUCUUGUCCAUCGUUGAAAAAACGAUAUUAUGAGAAGUAUUGUCCACUGAUGAGUUGAAGGACUUUAUUUAGAUAUCUACUCAUCAAACUGCUUAAGCCGUGACAAUUUUUCUUAAAUCAGUUACUUGAAGAAAGCAUGAUAUGAUUUAUAUUCAUAUUCUCUUGUUUUUGUGCUUAUUUUUAUUGUGUUAGAGAAUCCCCUAAAAAUCGAAGCCUAUAGAUAUAAUUUAUUUGCCAUCAAGAGACAUUUUAUUUUUCUGAAGCGAUUACUGUUGCUUAUUAUCAUCUGUGAAAAUAAUCACCAAUGUAAAAAUUAGCUUUCUUUUUCUUUUUUUUUUCUUGUAGAUGCAACAAAAAAUAAAGCCUCGGUGGACUUCAAAAAUUCAUAACAAUAUGGGUUUAUUUAUAUAUCUAAAAAAAUGGUAAAAAAAUAAAUAAAUAUGAAUUGCAUUUUUUCGCUGUGUCUUGAUCUUUAUUAUAUUCACAUUUAUGCUUCUUCAAGCUCAACUCAUUAAAAUACACUAAAUUAUGGCGUGAUUUAUUGCAAAAGUCGGAAUAUAGUGGUAGUAAAAGAGACCCAUUAUUCGCUUGAUUUAGAAUGAUGGGUUGUUUUUCCUAUUCUCGAUUCCACUAUUCUUACAUUAUUUUUCUAAAAUCAGUUUUAUAUAUUUCCAGUUACAUGUUUUUCCAUGUUUUCAAUUUAAUUUUUGUUUCCAACUAUUCUUAUAUUGUUUUUUGUUAACUAGUUGUACCAUUAAAACAGCAUGAUAUAUCGAAGGACUUGUUUCUACAUAACAAAAAUAAUUAACGUAUAGUAUUUCUUACAGCUGAGAUAUAUUAAUUCGAUUCUGCACGGCGUAUUUAUUCUAACCAUAGCUAUUUAAACAGAAUAUGAAUAAGUGCAAGAAAGAUAUGAAUUUUUUAAAAAUGAAUUUAAACUUAAAAUUUUAAUGAAAAUCAAUUAUUAAAAUUUUUUUAUUGUUUAGUUGAAGUAUCUGAAUUAAAAGCUUUCGUAUUCAGAGUCCACAUUGUAAUUAGUGAAUUAAUUUAAUUAUUUUAAAUUGGCAAGUCUUACCAAUGCUCAGUUUAAGUUAUUGUAUUAUAUAUGCCAAAGUUAUUAUAUUAUAUAUGUUAUUAUGUUAUAUAUAUACAAAAGUGUUGGAAAUAUUUUUUAUUGUUUUCUUUUUAAGAAGUGUCUUAAUCCGCCCGAAAGUUGGAAUAAUUUGUGCAAUUUCUUAAUAGCUCUUAUAGUUUUAAAAUUAGUUUUAUAACAGUUAUGCUGUAAUCAAAAAGAGCAAAGAGUCAUCAAAUAAUGCGAACUUUUCGUAUGUUUAUUUUUUGUUUCAACAAUCAGAUUUGGGUUAUAUUGUAAUGUAAUACACAUCUAGAAUUAUUAUGCAUUUUUUUACACUUAAUUUGAAUUUGAAUAGAUGAAUAUAGUGCUGAUUCAGUGGUCUUAAAUAAUUUUUGUUUUUAUAAAACUUUAUAAUUUGUUAUUGUGGUUUGUUUUAUCUUAAUCCGCCCGAUAGAUAGGAAAUUUUCUGUAGUCUUAUAUUAUAUAUAGUUCAUACAAUUUUUUAAAUUUAUUUCAUAAUAUUUGUGACAGAAAUCUCAGUUGUGCUCUUAUCAAAAAGAGGAUAUUGUCAUUAAAUAACGUGAACUUAAGAAUUUUUCAUAUACUUAUUAUUUUGUGUUUAAAAGAUCAAUGUGGAUAUAUAUUAUAAUAUAAUACACAUCUGGAAUUAUUAUACAUUUUUUUGCACUUAUUUUGGAAUCUGAAUAUAUGAAUGUAGAAUUAAUUUAAUUGCCUUAAAUGAUUUUUGUUUUUAUAAAACUACUUAUAAUUUGUUAUUCU